AUAGCAUAUUCGCUCGCAGGAACUAUGAAAAUGGCGGCUCUCUGUAGUGAGUUCGGGGACCUGGUGCAAAUCAAGAAACAUCUAAUAUCAGUGACUUCGCUGUGUAAAGAGAGAGGACUGCUGCACAGCGCGAAGUGGGGUUCUGAGUUAGCAUUUGCUUUGGACCCUCUUCCCAAAGAUGAAUUACCCCCAUCGGCUCCCUUUACUGAGGACGAUGCACAAGACCUGGAUGCACUUUCACUGGCCAAAUCCUACUUCGACCUGAAAGAGUACGACCGUGCUGCUUACUUUCUGAAAGGCUGCUGCAGUCAAAAGGCCUAUUUCCUUUACAUGUAUUCUCGCUAUCUGUCGGGCGAGAAGAAGAAGGACGAUGAGACUGUGGACAGCCUGGGCCCGCUGGAGAAGGGUCAGGUGCGCAAUGAAGCAUUGCGAGAACUGAGGGUUGAGCUCAGUAAGAAGCACAAUGCAGGAGAGUUGGACGGCUUCACCCUCUACUUGUAUGGGGUGGUGCUACGAAAGCUGGACCUGCUGAAGGAGGCUGUUGAGGUGUUUGUAGAGGCAAUUCAUUCACUUCCUCUUCACUGGGGAGCCUGGCUGGAGCUCAGUAACCUUGUCACCAAUAUUGAAAUGCUGAAGUCACUGUCUCUACCAGAUUGCUGGAUUAAAGACUUCUUCAUGGCCCACAUGUACACAGAGCUGCAAAUGAUCAAAGAAGCGUUGCAGAAAUACCAGAACCUCAUUGAGGCCGGCUUUUCUAAGAGCACCUACAUUAUCUCCCAGAUUGCUGUGGCCUACCACAACAUCAGAGAUAUUGACCAAGCGUUGGCUCUGUUCAAUGAGUUGAGGGACCAGGAUCCAUAUCGCAUUGACAACAUGGACACAUUCUCCAACCUGCUCUAUGUUAAGAGCAUGAAGCCCGAGUUGAGCUACUUGGCGCACAACCUGGUGGAGAUCGACAAGUACAGAGUGGAAACGUGCUGUGUCAUCGGUAACUAUUACAGUUUACGCUCUCAGCAUGAGAAAGCAGCUCUGUACUUCCAGCGGGCCCUCAAACUGAACCCUCGCUGCCUCGGUGCCUGGACCCUCAUGGGCCACGAAUACAUGGAGAUGAAGAACACGUCAGCUGCCAUCCAGGCCUACAGGCAUGCUAUUGAAGUGAACAAGCGGGAUUACCGGGCCUGGUAUGGCUUAGGUCAGACGUACGAGAUCCUCAAGAUGCCAUUUUACUGUUUGUACUAUUAUCGAAAGGCUCACCAGCUCAGGCCCAAUGACUCGCGCAUGUUGGUCGCACUGGGUGAAAGCUACGAAAAACUCUCACAGCAAGUGGAAGCCAAGAAGUGUUACUGGAGGGCAUACUCUGUGGGAGAUGUAGAAAAAAUGGCUCUUCUCAAAUUAGCAAAGCUUCAUGAACAGCUGAACGAGUCUGAUGAUGCUGCUCAGUGUUACAUGCUUUACAUUCAAGACAUUUUCUCCUGUGGGGAACAACUGGAGCACGCCGAGGUGAGCACAGCCCUACGGUACCUGGGUCAGUAUUAUUUCAAGAACAAGCUCUACGACGAGGCGUCCCUCUGCGCCGCACGCUGCUGCGACUACAACGACGCUCGUGAAGAGGGAAAGGCUCUGUUGAGGCAGAUCUCACAGGUCAGAGAUCAGAUUGAGACGCCGUCAGCAGAUCUGUUCGCUCCACUCUCAAACAACAACACUCCAGUCAGGAGGGUGUCUCCGCUGAACCUCAUCUCCUUCACACCCUGACACCCAACCUCCUGUUCACCGGCCUUAAAAUGGACAAUUUAUAUAUAUAUGUAUAUUCUGUGACAUGAAGUGUCUUGGGCGUUUGAUAGGAUCUACCUGUGGUUGUAUACAGAGUUGUUUAUUGCAUUAAACAUGCAUUUAUUUGUAAAA